CAGAAGUAUUAUGUAUUUUAUGUUUGUUUGAUACAGUGUUGUCGUUUGCUCCUGGGAUGGUGUGUCUACUAGCUAGUUGUUGGAGAACAGAGGAAGUUUUGGCCUCACCUCCUGAAACUGGAUUUUGAGGGUUCAGCGAUGGAUUUUCACCAAUAACUUUAACCUUACUUUACAGUGUUCAUAUACUUGAUUCACUGUAUAGUUCUGCAGCAUGUUUCAUCGCCAUGGGAUGACCGGUUAGUGGAACUGUGGCUGUCAGUAAUUUUGCUGAAAUGUCCUGCAGGGUGGAAAUAUCUUACUAAGUGAUAGCACCUACAGUUGCAACAACUGUUUCAUAUCAGCGCAGUUACACAGCCAUGGGCUUCUUAUCGCCUCUGUGCAAGAUUUUGCGGAGGGGGAAAUAUUUUGUACUACUCCUUCUUUUGCUCUCAGUGCUCGCAUGGAUCGCAACUUUUUCAGGCGAAACAGUGAAACCUGGCCGGGUUUUCUCCGCCACACCACAAACUCUUGUCAAAGGAGACAGUCUGAGGGAUAAACUCAACACUUGGACAGAGGCACCCGAUCUCUUGAAUACUCCACCCCCGAAAGUAGAAUGCCCUCAGGAGUCACCGUUGCUGAAGGGAGCUCUGAAGCUGUCCUUUGAAUCCUCUCUGAAACUGAAGGAUGUGGUGAGUGACAACAAAGGAGUGACUGAAGGCGAGUACGAGCCCUCAGACUGCACAGCGAGGCAGAGUGUAGCAAUCCUCAUCCCUCAUCGCAGCAGAGAGAGACACCUCCUGUACCUGUUGCACCACCUGCACCCCUUUCUGCAGAGGCAGCAGCUACACUACGCCAUUUAUGUCAUCCAGCAGGCUGGUGAUGCAACGUUUAACCGUGCCAAGUUACUCAAUGUCGGGUAUUUGGAGGCACUGAAGGACUACAGUUGGGAGUGCUUCAUCUUCCAUGAUGUGGACCUGGUUCCUGAAAACGAUCACAACUUAUAUGUCUGUGACAAGCAGCCCAAACACUUGGUGGUUGGCCGGAACGCCACAGGAUACAAGCUGCGUUACAAAGGCUACUUUGGCGGAGUCACAGCUAUGACCAAAGAGCAGUUUCUUCAAGUGAAUGGAUUCUCAAACACUUACUGGGGUUGGGGCGGAGAAGAUGAUGACCUUCGCAUCAGAGUUGAGCUGCAGAAAAUGAAGAUUGUGCGGCCACCCGCUGAUGUAGCUCGCUACACCAUGGUGUUUCACAAACGGGACAGUGGCAAUGAAAUAAACAAAGACAGGAUGAGAUUGUUAGGACGAACACCGCAGGUAUGGAGAAAGGAUGGACUGAACAGCUGCUCAUAUAAGACUAUGUUGGUAGAGAGGCUCCCUCUUUAUGUGAAUGUGACUGUGGACAUUGGUAAGCCAUAGAGUUGAGAUUUUAAACCGUAAGCCUUGCUGUGACUACAAAAUAUUUUUAUAUAGUAUGUUUAGGCCAUUGAGUGCAGAAAAGCUACUAUGUGGUGUGUAAAAGACACCAUAUUAAGCACACAAAUGCACAUUGUUUUGAUUAGUUUACAUAUCAGACUUAAGAUGGCAACUACAUCUUUGCACAUUUUUGCAUACUUUCUGCCUUAAUUUCUUCAUAUUGUGACCAGCCUGUACAAAAAUUAAACCGUUUUUUCUUUCAAGUAAUGAUUGGCCUUGGUCAAAUAAAUAAGUUGCUGACAUCCAGCUGCCAGACUUCAAUUAAUUUAUGCAUAUGCCUCAUUAUUUGGCCUACAUUAUAUGGUACAGCAUAAAACAUGCCAAUAUUAUAUAAAAAAACAUGCACACAUUGACAAUGUGUAUUUUGUGUGCUUCAUUCUGUUGCAAUUACUUUUUCUUUAGCCCCUACACACAAGCAGGGCGGGACGUUUUUAAUAUUUCUAGUAGCACGUAGCAUGUAGAGACCUCAAAUAUUUCCCAGAAUUCUAAUCAGAUAGGCGAUAACUGAGAACACCCCUUCGGUGUGCAGAGCCUUGAAGAUUAAGUUAAUGUUUAGGUUUGAUUCAAGGCAAUGAAAUGUUUGAUAGCUUACUAGACGUGUUUCAUUGACACUGACAUGUUCAUAUCACAAACGUAGAAGUAGAAGAUCUGAUUUAAGUAGAUCCGUUCAUCAGAGUAAUGUGCAUUAAAGAUGCAGUAAUUGAUUUUGGAUUAGUAGAUGGCAGGACAAGGACAAAACAAACUAACAGCAACAGAGCCUUGAAAUACUAUUAGCUUAUAAGUUUAUAGCAAACUAAUGCCUACCCAUUACAGUACCUAUAUUUAUAAAAAAAAAAAAGUAUAAUCCCCUUUAGACUUGUCAUGGUUUAUUGUUUUACAGUAGAUGUAAUUAGUUUAUUUUAGACACAGAUCAAUAAAAAAAAUUUUAACAUCCAUUUUUUUUUUUAGGUCAAAUGCAUCUAUUUACGGUCAGUUUUUUUAACGAGACGACCACAGACAUAAAGCCGACAAUAUAAAGCAUCUGCGGUUUCUCGUGUUUGUUGAUGGAGGACAAUGUAAAUAAUAUUAAUUAAAUCCUAGUAAUCUUAAAUUGCUCAUUUUCGGAGGUCUUCUCAUCUAAAACUUGCCAGUAAUAUUACUGCUCUGUGUUAUAAAGUGAGUGCAUUAAAAAAAAGCAAACAUAAUUACUUUGAGUAUAGAAGGACAAUAUAGUUUUGCAUCAGUCAUACAGCACAUAGUCUCGCUUUGCCAGACCCUCCUCCAAAGCACGCUGGAGGAGAGUCUGGCUACUCCACAUAGCAUUCGGGGAUGGGAGGAAAACGUGCUCUGGUUUAUUGGCAAUUUUUUAAACCAAUCACAAUCGUCUUGUGCGGUGCUAGGCACCGGAGAAAAGCUGCGGUGCCGCUGCAAAAUAGGCUUGGAAGUACUUUGUUUUGGCGUAACGUGUAUGUUUAAAAGUUGUUUUAGUCGUGCAACAGAAAACUCAGAUUGGACAGAUAGUCUAGCUAGCUGUCUUGAUUUACCUUCCAGAGAUCUGAGAAAACGUGUAACCAUAGUCCCCAUAAAUCGACAAGAGUUUAAAAUGCCAUCACAAAGAAGGCCCAAGGGAAGGGAUAUCCGGCCUAAAUGAUUGAAAUCCGGCGGAUUUUCCGGCAGCAACGGAGCAAUCCUGGAAGUGGAACGCCGUUGAUAUAGACUAUACAGCACAUAACAGAGGAACUUUGUGUGCAGAAGGUGGAAAAACUGAAGGGAAAGCAAUAAUAAUAUAUGUAGGGCUGAUCAUAUCAAGUAAUAUUCAAUUGAAAUAUGUUAUUGUGAAAAUCUAUCAUAUUGAUAUUGGUCAACUAUUAGAAGUUCCUUUUUCUGCUCUUAGGAUUUGGUAGGCAUGGUAAACAUCUGCUCUUGAAUCUACUGUACCUACAUUAGUAUUAGUAUAUUUAGUAUUACACUAAAGAAAAGGCUUGUGCUGCCCUGUGCCAAAUGGCUUUAUUUCCAGAACUUAAUAACCUUGGCCAUCUUUGGAUGAACAGGGGUUUUGUCUAAAGUAGUUUUAUGAGCCAUAAUAAUGAUAUAUUAUUAUUAUUAUUAUACUUUUUAUAUAUAUAUAUAUAUAUAGGCCCUUACAUACUUGGUUUGUAAACUGGAAUUAAUGGGUGGUGGACUCUUAUUUAUUACCUUAACAUAUUUAGGAUAAUGGUAGUCUUUUGAGACCGAUCAGUAUAACUUCUUCUGUUAUCAUAUGUGAAGAAAUGUCGGUCUAGAAGAAUCUGCAUACUUAUGCUUUUGAUUAUUGCAUCCCUCCUAGAAAUCGUCAGAUACACUAAUAUCACAUUUGUUUAAAAAUUAUUAAUAAUUAUUGUUUUACUUAAUUUAUAUUUUAAGGGUAGUGUAGCUGCCGAUAUGUUACAACUUUUUUCUUUAUUUAUUUGACCAGCAAAUCUUACAUCUUUCAAGACUGAGCAAUAUUACUAACUACAAUGCCACUCCUCCUUUAUAUUUUCAUAUUCAUAACUGUUAGACUAGAGCUUCAUAAUAACUACAGGUUGCUCUAAAUGUCACCUUGUUGAUGAACUGAUCACUUUUAAAUCUGCAGUAUGCUGUAGCCAUUUUAAAGCUCUUGGGAGAUACAUUCAUGGUCGCAUCUCAAACAAAUGAAUGUUUUAGGGGUUGUUUUUCUACUCUGGGUUGAAAACCUUUACAUGUAAAAAUAUUGUUAAACUACACCUGUAAGAUUUUGUAAAAUGAUCAACAAAGAAAAUUGUGGUAAUAUUGUAGCAUCAAACAUUUUACUGACAUUUUUUAUUUGUAUUUGUACUUAAUAUGAAUCAUUGCAUAACAAAGUGAAGCAGAGGGUGUCAUUUAGUUGAUUUGUUUUGAAUGUUUGUAUGUUGAUUUUGGAAGGAUUUGUCAUGUUUUGUGUUGAUGGGAUAACCCAGCUCAUGUCAGAGAAGGAGAUUAUGCAUUUCACUUUUAAUAUGAUUAUUUUCUCUUUAAAACACAAUAAAUAGUAUUUUUAUUAUGAA